UUGAGUCAAGGCAAAGAUGCUCGUGGCGCACCCAGCUCUGCAUUUGCAUAAUGAUGAGCAGCACGGAGGUGAUUUUCCGUUAGAGGACGUUAAGAGCGAUGUGUUGGUUUUUUAUGUGCUCCAGUACAAUGGUUCCUACAGGCGAGCACGCUCUGAGCCACGAGGUUCUGUCCGUGGUGCUGAUGCUGCGCUGUUGUCGUGGCUGACUGCCGCCGCCGCAGCAUCUCGGAGCGCAGCCCCGUCUCCUGCACACAACGUGCCCAGAAAAUGUUUCCUCCGUUCAUCGGCAUGCGUCAGGGAGGGCGUGUGAGUGUGAGAGUGUGUGUGUGUCUCCAAGUUUUUGUGCGGCAGCGGCAGUCACAAGGUUUGGGACUGCUGCCCGCCUCACCAAAAAAAUGCGAGACACAAGAGAAGCACGUGUAGUGGGUGGUCCUCAGCACACUGCCUUCACGUGGCUCUAUAGCGAGCGCAGAGCCCAGCCGUCAGUCCAGUGUGGCAACUACAGGAGACAACAUCAGCAUGGCUGUGGAGAUGGAACCCUCGGACGUGAUCCGCCUGAUAAUGCAGUACCUCAAGGAGAACAACCUCUACCGAACACUGACCACCUUACAGGAGGAAACCACCGUCUCGCUCAACACGGUGGAAAGCAUCGACAGCUUCAUCGCAGACAUAAAGAACGGCCACUGGGACUCCGUCCUGCUGGCCAUCGAGUCUCUCAAGCUGCCAGACAACACACUUAUUGACCUUUAUGAGCAAGUGGUGAUGGAGCUCAUUGAAAUGAGGGAGGUGGGAGCAGCUCGCUCACUCCUCAGACAAACUGACCCCAUGAUCAUGUUGAAGCAGACGCAGCCGGAGAGGUACAUGCAUUUGGAGAACCUGCUAACGUGCUCCUACUUUGACCCUCGUGAGGCAUACCCGAAAGGCAGCAGCAAGGAGAAGAGGCGCAGGGCGAUAGCAGAGGCGCUGGUGAGAGAGGUCAGCGUGGUGCCCCCUUCUCGCCUCAUGGGGCUCCUGGAGCAAGUUGGCUCUAUGAGAAUACAGGGCUACCCAGGUCAUCUCUCACCCGACAUGACCAUCGACACAUCUGCCAACAAGGACAGACAGGUGGAGAAGGAGAGUUUCCCAACACAGCUGUACCGCCACAUCAAGUUUGGGCGGCGGUCACAUGUGGAGUGCGCCCGCUUCUCUCCUGAUGGCAAGUACUUAAUCACUGGAUCGGUGGACGGGUUCAUCGAGGUCUGGAACUUUAACACUGGAAAACUUAGUAAGGAUUUAAAGUACCAGGCUCAGGACAGCUUCAUGAUGAUGGAUGAUGCUGUGCUGUGUAUGUGCUUCAGUCAGGACACAGAUCUUCUGGCAACCGGAGCUCAGAAUGGCAAAAUAAAGGUGUGGAAGAUCCAGAGCGGCUUGUGCCUGCGCAGGUUCGAGCAUGCUCACGACAAAGGUGUGACCUGUCUGAGCUUCUCCAAGGACAACAAUCAGAUCCUCAGUGCUUCCUUUAACCAGACCAUCAGAAUCCAUGAACUGAGGUCAGGCAAGACACUAAAGGAGUUAAAUGGCCAUUCAUCGUUUGUAAAUGAUGCAGCUUUCACUCAAAAUGGAAAUCACAUCAUCAGCGCCUCAUCUGACGGCACAGUUAAGAUUUGGAACACAAAAUCCUGUGAAUGCAUCCACACUUUGAAGUCUCUGUCCCAGACAUCAGAAGUCCCCGUCAACAAUGUGAUCCCUCUGCCACAAAAUCCGGAGCAGUUUGUGAUUUGUAACCACUCCGACACUGUGGUCGUCAUGAACAUGCACGGUCAGACGGUGAAGACCUUCAGCUCAGACAAAAAGGAGAGGGCCGACUUUGUGUGCUGCACCGUGUCACCCCGCGGGGAGUGGAUUUACUGUGUGGGAGAAGACUUAGUGCUGUACUGCUUCAACUAUACGACAGGAAGGCUGCAGAAAACGCUGACCGUUCACGAGAAGGAUGUAAUUGGCAUUGCUCACCACCCACAUGAGAAUCUGAUUGCCACAUACAGCGAGGACGGCCUCCUGAGGCUAUGGAAACCUUAAGCUGUCUUCCUGCUUUGUGAUAUGGAGGACCCAGAAAGCCUUAUGCAUGGUUAUAAAGCAAGUCAUUCAUUUCUGUGUGAUUAAAAAAGAUGGAUUAACAAAACAAAUGGAAUUAAUCCAUCAGUAAUGAAUCAUCACCAUUAAGGUCCAUUAAGUGGUCUGGAGCUUUAGGUCAUAUCACAGGAUCUUCAUCAGCAAAUGUAUUUUUCCAGGUUUAAUGAAAUUGCAGAUGUUAAAUUUCAGUUUUUCUGAGCACUUUAAGGACUUCUUUUCAAUGUUGGCACAACAACUGAGGUUCACAAUGGGAAAACAAUGAAAUGAAAAAUGGGAGAACUCCAUCUGGUGAUGAAUAAUUUGAUCAGAAGCUCCACAACAGCUGCUUAAUGGACCCUGUGGUGAAGCUGUUUCCUGGACUGCUAUUUCUGUGGUCAAAAAUGAAUCUGGAACGGCAUCAUUAAUUUGUUUUUUUGUUUAUUGAAGUUUGGCCAUUUCUGCCAGUAAUUUCAAAUUGGAUUACACAG